CUAUUUCUUGUGAGCCUUUGCCUGACUCUCUCCAAAGUCCUUUCUAGUUUACUGAUUGACUUUGCAUUUGCUGUUAAUUACAGCUUUCCCUCUUGGCUUUAAAAGGGUUAAAUUUCUAAUGUUAAAGUUUUGGUAGGGCUAUUAAUAGGUCAGGUAGGAAUGUUACAGACACAUCUUUGUGUAUCAGAAGCCCAGAUAUAAAGGCAUAUGUGCAAAUACAACAGCAGCUUAUUGUCCAGCUAGAAUCUAAAAUGUGUGUUUACUGGAAUAUAUUAAUCACUGAAUAUUUUAUAGACUAUUCUGUGGGACCUGUGACUACAGGAUACCUGCUUGGAUUGAGAAGAUACUUGGUAGGAUCUCACUUGCCUAACAAAAGCAUAAAAAAUGUGCCCCAAAUAAGGUGAUCAGAAAAUUAACACCUGCAAAAGGUUUCUGAGCAUGUGGCUUGAUGACUGCUGAAGUCAGGAAGAGUCGGGCUAGGAGACCCUGACUCCUUACAAUGCAACCUGCAGAUCCAUCAUCUCCUUUGGGCCAGAGCUGCAAGUUCAGGGAGGUGGUUGGGUGGAAAACUAUCUCAGAAAAAUAACUGGAAAACCUUGCCUUCCAUUUAGGUUUGUUUAAGCUUCUGUGGAUCUUCCUCCUUGGUUCCUUAGAUAGGUGUGAAACAGAUGCUUUGAAAACCUUCAGAGACAAAGCCUGUCAGUCUAAAAAUUCCUAAAGAUUUAAUAGUGUGUGGCCUUUUAUAUGAGCAGGAUUUUUCUGCUUGUGCUGGUGGGAUGAGGUGUUGAUGCCAAGAUCAGCCCAUACAUGCACGUCUUGCUAAACAAGAGGUGUACGGUGUACGUGGUGCAGGUAAUGAACAUUGCUUUGAAGUUUAUUGCCCACACAGAGUUUUGCCUCGGGCAUUUCUUUGCAGUGAGCUGACAGUGCUCUUUCUAAGCACUUUGGUUGUCAUAUCCUCUCUCUGGCAGGAUCUUUACGUGGGUGAAAAGAGGAGGAAACGAAGCCAAAGCUUUUGAUGAGAAUUGUUUGCAAAAGAACCUAAAGCUUUGCAUGGCCCUAUCUUGGGUGGGGAUUUGAGCUGGGCCUUGAGCUAGUGACAACAGCAAGAGAUUUAUCUGAUUUUUCUCAAUACCUGGACAAUGUUACUAUGCGAGUUGCCUGUUUCCAGUGUAACAAGAUCCCAUGUAGUUAAGCAGCUUUGGAGUCUGUUGCCCAUGCAGCCACGUGAUGUAAUGAACGCAUUGCUCAGCAAUGUCUGGAGCAAGCAGGGCUGCAGAAAUUCAUCCCUCCAAGAGAACGACAUUUUCUCCAGGAAGUGUACACAGGCACUGCAAUAAAGCUGCUUUUUUUUUUUUUUUUUUUUUUAAACCAUUCACUAAGACUAACAGUCACUAAGAUACUUGAUUCACUCUGUUCCUAGCCUCCAUGGAUCCUCUAGCUUUUGGUGAGCCGUGAAACUGUAAUUCCCAGGCAAAGGAGUCUUCUCCUCUGUGGCGUCUCUCAGCAUUAUCUCUUUGCAUGAAAGUGAAUGACUUCCCCAGCACGUGAAGCUCUUCUGGGGGGUCUGUCCGACUGUGUGUUAGAGCCUACUGCUUUUCUUCGGAGUACAGCAGCUGGAGAGGAAACUCGCACCCACGUGUCAUACCAGCGCAGCCUCCUGUUUUGAGGAGGGUUACGGUUCCCCCUUCUGCACCUUAUUCCUGUUUCUCUGUGCUUUAACAUGACCUUUUGCUAAAUAUACAGUGACCCGUUCUCAGCCUUGAUCUUCGUUCAGCUCUUCUGAUUUCUCCAGCCCCAUCGUCGAUGCUUAGCUUUCAUUAAUAUAUUCACGGCAAUUAAUCUCACGCAACCUUGGGAUUUGUACUUCGUGAGUCCUGCCCAGCUGAUUGAGGAGGAGGAGGACAGCCUUCCGUCUGUGCCACUCUUCAGCUCUUCACAGCCUUUAGGGUCCAGCUCCAGCUCUGGACCCCCACCCUGCAAAAGGUUGGGGCUGCGGGACCGGAGACAUCCCUGCACAGUCCCUGGGUGGGACAGCCCAGCAUCUGGGCAGUGUGGAGUGGGAUGGUGGCAGAUAAAGGACAGUGAGGAGGAGGAGGAGGGACCUGAGCUGGCUCCCCAGGACCACGAAGCGAGCUGGACCAGUCCUUCAACUGGUGACUAUCCUGGCUUUGUGUAAGGGGGUAAUUGCAGCAACAACCAUCAAUCAAAAAUAAAGCAAUCCUCUUUGGAAGAAGAACGGAUGAGCUCUGUGAGGUACUCUUACACCAAGAGACAGCAACAGGCUCCUGGUGCAAAAGUAAGACCAAGCGGAGGUUAAAAAGUAAAUGGUAGUUUUGGAGAGCCAGUGUGGAUGCAGCUGACCCACGUGAGUGGAAGAUAAUUGAAAAGUAAACUUCAGAGUCUUCCAAGCAUUUGCUUUAAUAACCACCCACAGGUCCUGGCAGUAGGUUAGAGACCUACGUCAGCAGCAUUUGCCUGGAAAAAUGGGGGGCAUGGUGCCUGCUGCGGGGACGUGCCCCGUCGGCUUCUUGCACUGCCCGCGGUGGAGAGGAGAGGGGAGAGGAAAGCAGAGACCCUCAAAGGCUUUGCUCCUGCUGGGGCUAGAAAAUGCCUCCUUGCUCAUGGAAAGCAGGAUCUCGAAGAAGUCGUCGGAGGGAAUGUGAAUGAGGAUUUCACAAUCUGCUGCCCAAGAGGAGAGCAAGCCGGCUGCCUGCUGCCUUGGGGCUGAACCGGUGUUUCUUAGCAGUGAAAGAUAAGGCAGAUAUACAAAGUGCUGGAUUUCUGACAAUACGACAUGGAGUCCCUCAAGGAGAGGCACCUUCAGCAUGGCCCAUAAAAGCCAAGCUGGUGGGAUUGAGAAAAACAGGUCGCUUUCCUCCAUCCUCUACUGUAAGAGUGAUUUAAAGGACGGAUCCAUGCAGUGGGCGAAAGAACGCCCCAAUGGCCAGGUGCUCAUGGUGCUCAGCGUGGACAACAACUGCUCAGCCACCUCCUUUGACAUGGAGCUUUGUGCAGAGAAAUUGAAGUCCCUUGGGGUUCAGGUGGCAGAGGAUCAGUGGAGAAGGUUAAUCCAGGAUGCUGUCCUGAAGCCUGAAGUGAGACGGUACCUGUUCUACAACUCCAGAGCAUUCCAGAUAGCCAUCGCCGUGGUUUUCUACAUGUCUCUCUGGACAAACAUUUACUCCACAGUCCAGCUGUGUUCCUUCGGACGCUACUGGGAGGCCAGCGUGCUGGUGACCCUGGCUGCUGUAGCAGUCACUGUAGUUGUGAUACUGGUUAUCGAUUGUCGCCAGAGGAAGAUAAACGUGAAUACAGAUGUGAGGCUAGCAGCUGUCAAUGAAAUCUUUAUCAAACACCAUUUAAUAGUAGGGAUUACAGAUGCCCUGGAUGGACCACAUAACAUCCUACAACUGUGGUUCGUGCACUUCAGCCCGGAGCGCUGCCUCCAGUCCUUGGCAGCCCACAUCACGGACCUGCAGAGGACGCGAGAGUCAGGCUUGCAGCACAGCCUGGACCAGCUCUGUGUGGUUAUGGAGGCGGUGGUUCGGCCUGACCUGGGGACGGAGGAGGAGGCUUCGCGUGAAGAGUCCCCUCUUUUAUCCAGUGGAGUGAAUCCAAAUAAAGAGCCCGUGACAUGCAACGAGCUGCUCCACCUCGUUCCCAAGGGCCCACCAGAGGUGAUGGCCCAGCAGCUCCUGGUUAUCUUCAGCGGAUGCUACGUCCGGCUCCUGGUCACCGGCCGUCUCCCUCGGGCCGUGGCAGGGGGGCACCUGGAGCACAGCAGCGUGCCCUGUCUCUGCCAGUUCAUCAAGACCACCGCGCUCAACACACACCAGAGCUGGUUCAUGGGCAGGUGACCAGAGGGGGCUGGAAAACACUGAAAUAAAAGCUGCCCAUCCACAACAGUGUGAAGAAGCCAUGGGGCAGAGGAGAGGGCUAUAACUGUGCAUCCUGGACUUAUCCAGAUGAAUGAGUGGAAAUAUAACUCUAAUAAAACAUGCAAGACGCUCACCAGAAA